ACCACUUACAGUAGUGCCCGUAGCUUCAGUGUGCUGCUGAAACCUGCCGAGAAAGGAUUGCUGAAGAAAGAUCGUGUACGUUAAGUGGAUUGCUGUUGGCGCCGGUGUACGGUGGAUCGUGUCGAUUGCAACACCCUCGCACCCUUCGAAGGUCUGUGCUGAAGAAGGGCGUAAACAUAACAUUCAUCCUUCAGGCUCCGAGAAUUGGCAAUGGCAACGAACGGACAUAUUUGGGUGCUUACUGCCAUCAUCGCUUUUUGGGGGCUUCUUAUCAUUAACGUCGUGUCGCUGCCCGCUGACCACACAGUUCGAGGGAGCGUACAGGGUAACGCAACCGACAUAUUUGCCUAUCCCGCCGAACAGUCGGCCAUAGAAUCAAAACAGAACGCUCGGAAUCGCACUCCAAUCUUCAUUCCCGGUGGAUGUGCAGAAGAUGAAAUUUUGUACCCGGGUGAUCACAACAACGAUUGGGUCUGCGAUUGCAAACCGACCUACAUUUAUCAUCCAAAAUCCCAUCGAUGCUACCAACUGUACACACAGGGAAGCUGUGAGCCGGGAAAAAUUAUGUAUCUAGAGCCAAACGGCAAAUACCCGACCUGCAUACCAAACCACUGUCCGGACGGACAGAUUAGGUUCCAGAACAUGUGCGUCGUUCUUAACCAGGAGCACAAAAUCUGCCAAAUAGCCGGCAUAAACCUGGUCGUCGGAAUUAACGAGAAAACUCAUCAACUGGAGUGUGUUAAUAUUUCUGAUGUACGCUUAAAUCAGACUAUGAUUACUAACCAUGACCAAGCAAGACAAUAAAGUGUAUAUAAUUGUAUA